AUGGGCACCGGCACUCUCCCUGCGAUCCUUAGGGACUCGGGGAGCCGCAGCCCAGAUGUCUCCUCGGUCACAACCGGGUUAAAGGAGAAGGUGGGGCAGCAGCUGCUGACCAGAGAAGCCGAUCAGGGGCAGAAUCUACCCCUGGCCAUCGCCAUCUCCAUGCCCAUAGUGACCGUCAUCUACCUGCUGACCAACGUGGCAUACUACGUGGUUCUGGACAUGCCGUCUCUGCUGGCCAGUGAUGCUGUCGCUGUGACGUUUGGGAAUGCAGUCCUGGGGCCGUUCAGGUGGAUCAUCCCUGUUUCGGUGGCCAUGUCCUGCUACGGAGGACUCAACGCUUCUAUCAUCGCUGCCUCCAGGUUGUUUUUCGUCGGGGCCAGAGAGGGCCACCUCCCCAACAGUCUGAGUCUGAUCCACGUGGAGCGCUAUACCCCCAUACCUGCACUGCUCUUCAAUGGGCUGAUGGGGCUGAUCUUCCUGUGUGUGGAGGACGUGUUCCAGCUCAUCAACUACUUCAGCUUCAGUUACUGGCUCUAUGUGGGUCUGUCUGUGGCCGGCCUCAUCUACCUGCGCAUCACUCAGCCAGACAGACACAGGCCCGUGAAGUUGUCUUUAUUCUUCCCCUUCGUCUACUGUCUGUGUAGCGUGUUCUUAGUCGUCGUCCCUCUGUACGGAGACACCAUAAAUUCUCUAAUAGGAAUAGGCAUUGCUCUAACUGGGGUUCCUGUCUACUAUCUGGCUAUUUACCUGCCUGAAGAUAGGAGGCCCAAAUUCAUACGCACGUUGAAUGGUAAUUUGCAGACCAUGGACUGCUCUAGGAGAAACUGGAGGUCGGUGACCUUCUUUGAAUCUGGAGACGUGUGCGUGGCUUUCACCAG